UAUUCCAGCCUUGCCUCCCUUCCUGGUUGAUCUCAUUCCCCAUCACCUGCCCAGGCUCACCAUCACCCACCCCCACAAAAGGAUGGCUGUGAGGCUCUUAUGGAUGGGGCUUGCCCUGCUUGGGAUAGCGCAGGUCCAGGCCCAGGCCCGGCCCCAGAUCCCUGCUCCCAGCCUGCACAGAGUCCCUCAGCAGAUUAACUUCCUUCCAGAGGAGUUCCAAGGGACAUGGUACGUUGUUGGCCUGUCAGGAAAUGCCUUUAGAAGGGCCAACGAUGCUCAGUCGAAGAUGUAUACCACAACCUACGAGCUACAAGGAGACAACAGCUAUAAGGUCACCUCUAGAUUACUCAGGGGCGAUCGAUGUGACACAUUUGUGAGGACUUUUGUUCAGAAGGGUCAGCCAGGCCAGUUCACCUUGGGCAACAUCGAAAAUUAUCAAUUGCAGGAUUACCUAGUGAGAGUGAUGAGAACCAACUAUAAUGAGUAUGCCUUGGUGUAUUUCAAAAAGACCGUGGAUGGCACUGACUACUUCAAGAUCACUCUGUAUGGGAGAAGGGAGGAUCUGAGACCUGAACUAAAAGACGGCUUCGUAAGAUUAUCCAAAUCAAUGGGACUCACUUCUGACAACAUUAUUUUCCCAGCAAAAGUCGAAGAGUGCAUUCAUGUGCAGGCCUGAGCAAGGUCCAAGUACUGAAAAAACUUCACCUAUCCACUCUUGAUCCUGACAUUCUAAGAUGCACAACCCUCACUUCUUAUCCUCAUCUCCCAACAGACAACUGGAGACACGUCUUCAUCCAGCCUCUGACUGAUUCCACAACCUGAGAUCCCCCUCAUCUAUUCCUCUUGAAAUGUAGUGGAAGAAUAAAAAGUGUCAAGUACCAA